GGUGAUGAGAGAUGGGAAGAUUGUGCAAUCUGGGAAGUACGACGAGCUGCUGGGAUUAGGGACAGAUUUUGAGACACUGGUAGCUGCUCAUGACACUGCCAUGGAACUCGUGGAAGCUGGUAACAAUAACUCACAUGGUAGUGAAGAAAAUGGCCUCAAAUCGCCAGGAGGAGCCCCUUUCAGCCCUGGAAGAGAAGCAGCAAACGGCAGUAGCGACAACAAGCUGCAGAUCUACUAUCUCAGGUGCGUGGUUUUCCCUUCAGGAUCUUCCACUAUUGAGGGACAGGGAGUAAUGGCAUUGGUAGUAUUAUGUAGGAGGAGUGAACGCGAACGAUAUGUUGAUGUGGUGUGAUGUUCAGGCUGAGCAUAGCCCUGAUAGUUAGGUUAUGGCUGCAGUUGUUGUGUCGUGGAUGGCUUCAGCAUGAAAGCUAUUGAAGAGGAAAACAGCAGGCAGUGCCAAGGACUUAUCAGAGGAGACUAUGCGUAUAUGUCUCUUAAGCUUUGAGCCACGAUGAGAUCGUAUGUGCGAGUGUUCUCAUUUGUAGAUUCCAUUAUAGACUUGUUGGUUAGAGACAAUCAAGCAUAUGCAACCCUUGAUUGCACCACAACUCAGUUUGUUUCGUUGUAACGAUUUAGAAUACUGGUUUGGUGUCGUUUAAUUAAUGUUGAGAACAGGUUUCCUUAA